UUUUGUCGACGCCAUCUUCGAUCGAUCGUCGCAUUUUAUUCCGACAGUGUCGAACGUAUUUUUGAAGGAACAAUUGAUUCAUUCGGAAAAAUUGAAUUUUAAAAAUGCUGUCACAACAAUUGGUGAGGAGAUUCGCCACCAGUGCCCUUCGCAGGUCAGGAAACCCGGAAGUCGGAGCGAAACCCGGACAUAAUCUGCCCUUCACACUUGGAAACAGGUACAAGUUGACGGUGUACUUCAUCUUGUACUUUGGGAGUGCAUUUGCUACACCUUUCCUCGUCGUUCGCCACCAACUGCUUAAGUAAUUUGUGAGCCCCACUGGAGUAGUCCAUAAGAACGUGCCCUUAGAUCAGCAAAUUCCCUUACCAUGUAUAUACCUAGAUACUAAAUAAAACAGUGUCACAGGGACAACCAUAAACUCUCAAAAAUAAUAAA